AAAGAAAAUGGCGUCCGCUUUUCCUCGAGAAAGAAGUACAAAAGAUGUUAUAAAUACAAUACUAGAUGACUAUGAAAAAUUGACAAAGUAAGUAGUUAUUAAUAGCAUUUGUUAAGCUAACUGUAGAAUACGUGUUUACUUACCCGGGCGUGAGGGUUAGUCAUCUAACAGCCGAAAAUUAUAAGGUAGGCUAGGGUAAUCUAUAACUUUUUUCCUUUAGAUUUGUUUUGUUUGUAAUUCACUGACUGUGUAUUCAAAACUUUCGUAGGGAACAUAAUUUCACAUGCCAGUACAUAUAUACUAUACAACUCAAGGUUGUAUUUGACCGUCCAGCCGAGUGGACGUGCAAAAUAACUCUGUUAUUGACAGUGGCUGACUUAUUUACCAGUUCUGAUUGUAUCAUCAAAGUUGUACAAGCUUUUGAAACGUCAGUUACAGUCUCUAACAGUGUUCAGUAUUCACCCAACUGCAUUCAUAUGGUCUUCUUGAAAGUUAUUAUGCAGAAUUCAGCAGCCAUGUUAAGUUCUUGGAGAAUAGCUCUGUACUCACUCGUUCUCAGGUAAAAUUGAAAAACAAGUCCCCCAAAAAUCUAUCAGCUGUCUGUCGGAGUUCACACCGACAGAUGACCAACAGCUCUCUGACAGUCAGCUGACAGAUUAAAACUAACCCUGAUUUAUCAAAGAAAACAGAUUAGAUACUGAAAAUAUCUCUUUUACCUUUUAUCAUCGAGCAACAGCUCUCCAACAGUUUAAGGACAAUCGGUCGGUACUCUGAGCCAAAAAAAGGUUACGCAAAUGGUAGGGCAGGAUGCUCUAACAAAAAUCCUUUUUGUAGCAAAGCCGACUUCUGUUCAGCAAAUUAAGCCUCAGAGAUAACAACACUGUAAUAUUUUUCUGCAUUUUUGGGGUAGUCUCUAGCACAAAGGCAUGUUAUUCUCAUAGAGCAAUUUAGCGGAGGAGUUUGUUCUAAGAAAUCUCGGGGCUUUUCCUGGAGAUGUUUUCUGACUUUUCUGACCUUUCCUUAAGUCUUAAGCUAAAUUUCUCAAGGUCUUAAUUACACUCCCCAGAUCUGAAAGUUUGCUAUGGUUGGUCUACUUUUUUAAACCCUCAUUUCAGCAGAGGUUUGUUGGGGAGGAUUUGUGUGACAAGCCAAAAAAAUGUCUGCGUGGAAGGCUACAGUACUCACACCUUGGAGUCUUUUAACCUACAAUUCAUAAUGAACCUCAGGGUUGUCAGAAAGUUUUGAAGUAGACGGCUGACUUGUCAAAGUAAGCGGCCAGUCCAGGGAUAUUUUACUUAAAAAACGCCAUCCGUAAGGAAAAUGCCAAGCAGAGUAGCUGGCCGAUACUAACCAAGUAGGUGACGAUUUUCAGCCGGCAGCCGGCUACUUUUGACAACCCUGAACCUGGGCCCCAUUUUCAGACUAUUUACUGAUAAUAUAUUACCAUUAAUAGUAACUGUGAGAAUUUCCAUUUUUAGAGAAUUAUUUGAGAGUCUAUCAGCGGCUUCUCUUUACCGAACAUCAAAACAAGAUGCUAGUUCUGGGGAUAUGACAAAGGUAGCUGAAUUCUGUGCCAUUUUGUUUUCUAAUUGACUUGUUUCUCAUUACAGAAACGCGCCCAUUGAUAAUUUUCGCCUAUGAAAAGUGAUAUACCCAUUAGGCUUUGAGAACAAAAAUGAGGUUUCAAAGGGUACUGCCAUUUUCAGUCUCUUUUGAACUUUAUAGUGACUAACAAUAAUUUCACACACUUUCCAGAAACAAUGUAAAAACAAUAUGAGUAGGUUACCAUUGUUUUAAGUGUUGGACGGUAAUUGUCAUGGCUACAGAGAAGAAAAUAUUUAAUGCAAAAAGAAGCCUUUUCUUUCGCAUGCACUAAAAAUUAAAUUGUCCUGAAUUCGGUAGUCUCAUUCAAAUCAACUCAAUGGCAAAACUGUUAAAGCUAAUCAGAAACCAAAACUCUUCUUCACAAAAAUCAGUCAAUGAAUAAUAGCCAAAUGUUGCAAGUGUGCGAGCAAGAACAAUGCCCAGAAAAAGGACAUACACAGUGGAUUUCUUGAUUGAUACUCUCUCAAAGUCACUUUUCUUUUAUUUGUAUGACAAUAUUAUUAUCAAUGUACAAUAUGUUGCUGUAAUGCCCCAAACCUCUUUUAAAUAAUUCCACAAGUUUUAAUUUAAUUUAAGGCUGUUGAUCAGCUCAUUGCAAAGGACAGGGAACUACAAUUGGCUGUCAAACAAGUGCAAGAACAACAGGCAAGACAGAAGGAAAUCCAAACAGUUAAAGAAGACAUUUCCAAGAAAGAUCAAGAGAUUCUUAANCAUUGAUAAUUUUCGCCUAUGAAAAGUGAUAUACCCAUUAGGCUUUGAGAACAAAAAUGAGGUUUCAAAGGGUACUGCCAUUUUCAGUCUCUUUUGAACUUUAUAGUGACUAACAAUAAUUUCACACACUUUCCAGAAACAAUGUAAAAACAAUAUGAGUAGGUUACCAUUGUUUUAAGUGUUGGACGGUAAUUGUCAUGGCUACAGAGAAGAAAAUAUUUAAUGCAAAAAGAAGCCUUUUCUUUCGCAUGCACUAAAAAUUAAAUUGUCCUGAAUUCGGUAGUCUCAUUCAAAUCAACUCAAUGGCAAAACUGUUAAAGCUAAUCAGAAACCAAAACUCUUCUUCACAAAAAUCAGUCAAUGAAUAAUAGCCAAAUGUUGCAAGUGUGCGAGCAAGAACAAUGCCCAGAAAAAGGACAUACACAGUGGAUUUCUUGAUUGAUACUCUCUCAAAGUCACUUUUCUUUUAUUUGUAUGACAAUAUUAUUAUCAAUGUACAAUAUGUUGCUGUAAUGCCCCAAACCUCUUUUAAAUAAUUCCACAAGUUUUAAUUUAAUUUAAGGCUGUUGAUCAGCUCAUUGCAAAGGACAGGGAACUACAAUUGGCUGUCAAACAAGUGCAAGAACAACAGGCAAGACAGAAGGAAAUCCAAACAGUUAAAGAAGACAUUUCCAAGAAAGAUCAAGAGAUUCUUAAUCUAGAAUCUCAACUUAAGGAAGCUGAAAAGAUUCUAGUAAGUAUGUAAAAAAGUAACACAUCUUGAAAUAAAGACUUUUUGAGGGGCUUUUUGAUGAGCAGCUGUCAACUGGUCCUUAUAACCAGCUGACACUACAGUAAAAAUGGUUUAGUAUAAUUGUAAGGGCCUGUCCUCACUAAUGCAUUUUCAAAAGAAUACAUUUUCGUUGUUAUUGAAAAUGCAUCAAUGGAUUUAUGUCCACCCUACCGUUUUGACAUGUUUUCGACUGUCCACUAAAAUGUUCAAAAACAGUAGAAUUGCAUGUUGUGACAUAAGUUGAACUCCAUGCGCAUGCUGCAAACACACACCUGCGAUAUUUUCUUUCUAAUCAUUGCUUUCAUUUUGAUGCGUUUCUGACCUUUUUUGACCAUCCACACUAAUGCAAUGUAUUUUGAUCCAUUUUCAAGAGCUUUUUCAAAUGGAUGGGUUUUGGAUGAAAAUGCCCUGCAUGUUAGAAUUGCAUGCAUUUUCAAAUGAAAACACAUAAGUGUGAAUGAGGUCUAAGUUUGAAAAUGAGUAAAAUGCCACUGUUCAUUAAUUUUUGACUGGCUGCAUCCCCCUAAUGAAAGCCAUGCUAAGCCCUUUUUGCUUACUUAAAAUCUUGAUCGUCCUUCCUCAUUUAUAAACAAGAACAGGUGGCAAAAUUCAGAGUCCAAAAGCAAAACAAAGAAUACCCAUAUAACACAUUCUCUUUCAAGGGAAGGUUCUAAGCAGUGUCAAUAGCGAGCUUAAGCAACAAUCACAGCAACGGCUAUGAAAACAUCGCUUAAAAAGUGAAUUUGCACCACUCCAAAUUUUAUUGCGCUCAUUCCAACUUGUUCAGUUCGUCAAUUGUUGGCAAAUUUUUCUGGAGUUGAAUUCUAAAAGGCACUAUCAAAGUUCAGGAAAAGGAAAAGAAAGUCAUUGUCUUGUGCUCACGUCCUCGACAAAACAUGAAAUUAGGCACUUUAACGUUGUAGUCAUGCAGCAACUGCAAAGAAAUGCACAAAAAAGCAUGAUACAUAUGCAAAGUUGUUGUUUUGCCAAUCUGAACCUAUCGCUUUUUUGCCAUUCUUGUUGCUGCUGCCGUCGUCUUUGCCUAAGCUCCAUAAUAUUUUAUUUCUGGUACUUAAUUAACAAGUGACUGUUUCCUGAUGAUCUUCUAGUCCCAAGCGUUGUUUCAAGCAAAGAAAAAGUUAUCUGCCAUAAACCAGGCUAAUAAAGGUGAGGAAUGA